ACAAAGUUCCCCGGGGCGAGCUCAUCCCCCGGAGGCCACUGGCGGAGAGGGUCGCGGGGGCUCAGGCGUCCAGAUCUGCUUUUUUACCUAGUGUGUGGAGUGGGUCGCCGCUGCCGCCAGGCUCAUCUACCGGGAAGACGGCCCCCGGCUGUGCAGCUGCUAAACUUAGGAGGGGGAGAAGGAGGAGGAGUAUGCGAGUGGGCACGGCAGCGCGGAGCGCGGGGGCGUCGUGAGUGCUGCCUGCGGGCUCCUUCGGGCACUGCUGCCAAGCGAACGAGCCCAGGCGGAGCAGGCAGGUAGCAGAUCCAGCGACCGGACUGCGCCAGCCCUGCGAACCAGGGCCGCCAGCGCCACCGUGCCGGCGUCGCCUUCUCACCACGGAGCCAUGGUGCUCGGAGCGCGCUCGCCGCGCGCAGGACUCUGAGCUCCUAUCGCACCGAGCAUCCCUACCGCCUCUCUCCUCUCCAGCUUCCUUGCCCACGGGCCAUGAAGCUUCUGCCCGGAGCCCCCUGCCUCUGAUCUGUACAUUGCUCGCUCCAGCCCCACUGCCACUGGGCCACAGAUAGCAUCCAAGCCCUGCUGCUCCCCAUCGUCUCCCAGGGAUUGAAGCCCAAGCGCUUGGAGAUGGCGCUCCGGGGGACCCUCCGGCCGCGCAAAGUUCGAGGGAGGCGAGAGAUGCUGCCGCAGCAAGUUGGCUUCGUAUGUGCGGUGCUGGCCCUGGCGUGCUGUAUGUCCAGCCUCUUCAGCAGCAUGGGGCACAAGACUGCUGCUAGCCAUCGGAUUUUACCAGACUCAUGGAGAAACAGAAAGCUGAUGGCACCCAUGAAUGGGACCCAGGGUGAGAAGAACUGCACAGACCCUGCCAUCCACGAGUUCCCCUCGGACCUGUUCUCCAACAAGGAGCGGCAACAUGGAGCUGUCUUGCUGCAUAUCCUCGGUGCUCUGUACAUGUUCUAUGCCUUGGCCAUCGUGUGCGACGACUUCUUCGUCCCCUCUCUGGAGAAGAUCUGUGAGAAACUCCACCUGAGCGAAGAUGUGGCCGGGGCCACCUUCAUGGCUGCAGGCAGCUCCACACCAGAGCUCUUUGCCUCUGUGAUCGGUGUGUUCAUCACCCAUGGAGACGUCGGGGUGGGCACCAUCGUGGGCUCUGCCGUGUUCAACAUCCUAUGUAUCAUCGGCGUGUGUGGAUUAUUCGCAGGGCAGGUGGUGCGUCUGACGUGGUGGGCUGUGUGCCGGGACUCCGUGUACUAUACCCUGAGUGUCGUCGUGCUCAUCGCGUUCAUAUACGAUGAAGAAAUCGUGUGGUGGGAAGGCCUGGUGCUCAUCGUGCUGUAUGUGUUUUAUAUUCUGAUCAUGAAGUACAACAUGAGGAUCCAAGCCUUUUUCACCAUCAAACAGAAGAGCAUUGCCAACGGCAACCCAGUCAACAGUGAGCUGGAAGAUGGUAAUGGUUUCUAUGACGGUAGCUAUGAUGACCCCUCCGUGCCAUUGCUGGGGCAAGUGAAGGAGAAGCCACAGUACGGCAAGAGCCCCGUGGUGAUGGUGGACGAGAUCAUGAGCUCCAGCCCCCCCAAGUUCACCUUCCCCGAGGCGGGCUUGCGUAUCAUGAUCACCAACAAGUUCGGGCCCAGGACCCGCCUGCGAAUGGCCAGCAGGAUCAUCAUCAAUGAGCGGCAGAGACUGAUCAACUCAGCCAAUGGAGUGAGCAGCACCAAGCCACUUCAGAACGGGCGACAUGAGAACAUCGAGAAUGGCAGCGUCCCCACGGACAACCCCAACCCCGAAGAGCCGCAGCCGGACCAGGAGCAGCCGCAGCCACAGCCUCCACCGCCACCCCCCGAGCCCGAGCCUGCUGAGGCCGUCUUCCUAUCUCCAUUCUCUGUGCCAGAGGCCAGAGGGGACAAGGCCAAGUGGGUGUUCACAUGGCCGCUCAUCUUCCUCCUGUGUAUCACCAUCCCCAACUGCAGCAAGCCCCGCUGGGAGAAGCUCUUCAUGGUCACCUUCAUCACGGCCACGCUGUGGAUCGCCGUGUUCUCCUACCUCAUGGUGUGGCUGGUGACUAUUAUUGGAUACACACUCGGAAUCCCUGAUGUCAUCAUGGGCAUCACCUUCCUGGCUGCGGGGACCAGUGUUCCAGACUGCAUGGCCAGCCUGAUUGUGGCCAGACAAGGCCUCGGUGACAUGGCUGUCUCCAACACCAUCGGAAGCAAUGUGUUUGACAUUCUGGUGGGGCUUGGCAUUCCAUGGGGCCUGCAGACCAUGGUCAUUAACUAUGGGUCCACGGUGAAGAUCAACAGUCGGGGUCUGGUCUACUCCGUGGUGCUGCUGCUGGGUUCCGUGGCGCUGACCGUCCUCGGCAUCCACCUGAACAAAUGGCGGCUGGACCGGAAGCUGGGAAUCUACGUGCUGGUUCUCUAUGCUGUCUUCCUGUGCUUCUCCAUAAUGAUAGAGUUUAAUGUCUUCACCUUUGUCAACUUGCCCAUGUGCCGAGAAGACGACUAAAGCUGAGCCACUGCCUCCGGGAGCUGUCCUGGUCACCCUGUGGCACCAGCGUCCUCCUCGCUCUCCUUCUCCCCCACCACAGGUCUCUCCUGUAGCGGCAGCUGCCGUCUGUUCUUUCACACACAGGGAGGAAGAACCAUCGGGGGUCUUUAUGGCUGCCAGCUGUCCUCCUGCUUGGAGUUAGGCCCCCAGAACACAGGACUUGGGGGCUGUUAUUUGCGGAUCUGUGAAGUUCCCUGAGCUACCAGCUAUAGGAUGGCGUCAGGUGUCCCUGCUCUUUCCUGCACGCUGUCAUCAAAAGGACUUGUAAUGCAGGCAAUUUUUCUGUUUCAUGGGCAGCCUUGGAAACGAGGCGGUUGGUGAGCAUGAGGUCUCCUGGGGCAGAUGCAAAAUGAGCAUGUGGUCCCCAAAUGUCACCUCUGGGUCUGAGGGGUGAGUUCCUUGGGCAAUGCGUGCUACUAAAAGCCUCCAACUUCUGGGAGCACUCAGAACCCCAUCGGGCAGGGCUUCCACCUCUGAAUGAGGGGCGGCUUCGCGACCGUGUUGGCAGACAUUCCGUCCCUUGUCCUGGAAAAGCUGGAAGAGAAGAAGCCGCUUCUCACAGCAGAAAAGACACUAUGAAUGCAUAUUCUUAUUACUUUGAGACAUUGAGAACAUGAAUAAUGAAAUAUUAUCAAUAAAAACAUCAUCUAGAGCAUCAUACUUGAAAAAUGUCAUUCCGUAUAAAAGGAGCAAGAUGGUGACCAA